AUGCUCGCGAAAGGUCAAGACCCAGCCAAUGAGACAGAUUGGCUGUAUGGAUUUAAGUACAGAUCGUGGCAUGAAAUAACUAAAACUGAACUGAUAAAAAAUAAAACAUUGGCCUCCGGAGCUGUGAUGGAAUCUUACUUCAACGAUACAAGCAGACGAAAAAAGUCUACAGUGGAGGGUGACAUGAGCACAAACAAGAGGCGCGGAGCUAGCAGUUCCAGUUGUACCGUCCCCGGGGUGCCAGCGCUCGUGAACGUGUCGACCGCGAUGUCUGCGGACCUAGCGUCGCUGUUCGAAUGCCCGGUGUGUUUCGAUUAUGUACUGCCACCUAUCCUGCAAUGCCAAAGCGGGCACCUCGUGUGCUCGAGCUGUCGCCCCAAAUUGUCCUGCUGCCCGACCUGCCGCGGCCCCCUCGGCAACAUCCGCAACCUGGCCAUGGAAAAAGUUGCUAGUAACGUGAUGUUUCCUUGCAAGCAUUCUAACACAGGUUGCACAGUCACCCUUGUUCAUACUGAAAAAGCUGAACAUGAGGAAGCAUGUGAGUUCAGGCCCUAUUCCUGCCCCUGUCCGGGAGCCUCAUGCAAGUGGCAAGGCGGUCUUGACCAGGUUAUGCCACACCUUAUGAUGUCUCACAAAAGCAUUACAACACUGCAAGGUGAAGAUAUAGUGUUUCUGGCUACCGACAUUAACCUGCCCGGAGCUGUUGACUGGGUGAUGAUGCAGUCUUGUUUCAACCACCAUUUUAUGUUAGUACUAGAGAAGCAAGAAAAAUUUGAUGGCCACCAGCAAUUUUUUGCCAUUGUUCAACUAAUAGGUUCACGAAAGGAAGCCGAGAAUUUUGCAUAUCGGCUUGAACUGAAUGGUCACAGGCGAAGGCUAACCUGGGAGGCGAUGCCGCGUUCUAUACAUGAGGGUGUUUCAUCAGCCAUCAUGAACUCUGAUUGUCUUGUGUUCGACACCUCCCUUGCACAACUGUUUGCGGACAACGGCAACCUCGGAAUAAAUGUCACAAUAUCUAUUGCUUAA